UCAGUUCGUUAAUUAGUGUUGAACGUUGUGUUUCGAACAUGAGAUCAAUCUUUCUAAUUGUUUGCUUAUCAUUGAUAACAGUGCAAGUUUUUGCACUUUCAGCUCAUAAGAAGAGAGCUUUUCUUGAAGCCGUUAUGAAGGAAUGUAAGCUUGAAGAAAAUGGAAGUGACGCUGAUUAUGAGUCGAUAAUGGCUGAGAAAUUAAGUGAAACUGGUCCAGGAAAGUGCAUGAUGGCUUGUGGAUAUGAAGUUGUUGGACUUUUUGAUCAAGGAGCUUUUAAUCGUGGAGCUUUUCUUCACAUUGCAAGAAUUAUCGUCGAUAAUGAUGAAACAAAAUUAAAGGAAGCUCCAGGCAUUGCUGAUGAGUGUGGAAAAAUUACUGGCGAACGUUGUCAACAAGCUUACGACUUCAGCAAAUGUUUACAUGAUUAUUUAAGCAUGAAGAUAUUAAAAUAUGUCGCUCUGUUGCUGAUGAUUUGUGGUGUGACUUUUGUCAAAUCCGACGAUAGGGAAGAAAAAAAGAAAAUGGCUAAAGAAAUGAUGUUUGCAAUGUCAGAAGAUUGCAGAGAACAAGAAGGAGCAACAGAAGCUGAUUUAGACGUUUUAUUAGAAAACAAAAAUCCAACUACAAAAUCUGGAAGAUGUUUAGUCGCAUGCUUGCAGGAGCAGUUUGGUGUUGUUGAUAAUCUCAAAUUUGUCCCAGAAGCAUUUGUUUCAGUGUCCGCCAUGGCAAUUAAAGAAGACGAAGAGAAAAUGAAGCUAGUUAAAGAAGUCGCACAAGAAUGCAAAGAUGUUACAGACGUGGAUCGUUGUGAACUUGCCAUGAAGAUUUCAGACUGUUUGAGAAAUGCUCUUAAGAAGCGAAACGUCGAGUUUUAAUAAUCUAUGAACACAACAGCAAAACAUAAUUUGGUUCCCCAGCAUAUAAUUUUAAUAAUGUGACAAUGAAAUUGUUUAUUUGAGAUCACAUAAUAAAUAUUUUUAAUCACCGUUACCCACGUGGCUUCAUUGUUAUUUUAAAUUUUCAUUAUUCAGAUUAAAACAUCGAGAUUAAUUAAAAACAUCGUUUUAGUUUAUGAUUUUUGGCACAAGAUUAAAACUUAACUUCCAU